GCUGCGCACAAGAACACGGAGGGAGCAACCAGAACACUGAGGGACGCCGACCUGCGUUUUGAACAGAGAACCGUGAAUCACCGGGGCUCCAGAACCAGGGUGAAACGAGGACGAGGCAGGAAUUGCGCGGUCUCUGGUUUCCAGCUCUAUUAACGCAUGCAAUUAAAGCGCGCAUUCGACCCAGAAUAAGUUGUCAACAAGGAAACAGAGACGGGUCGAUCUGGAUAACAAAGCUGUGCGGACCGGUGUUACUCGCAUGGGCUGAUAUGGCCACCGACGUGCCUAACAGUCCCCUGGCCACCGACUACGUCAAUGACUUCGACCUCAUGAAGUUCGAGGUUAAAAAGGAGCCGACGGAAGCGGAGAGGUACUGCCACCAUCCGCCGAACGGCUCGCUAUCCUCCACCCCGCGCUCCUCUGUGCCGUCCUCGCCAUGCAGCCUGUGUUCUACAAGUCCCGGAGGUCCGUUAAACAAGAACCACCGUAACGGCACCGGCAGCGCUGACAAAAGCAGCCACAACUCUCCGAGAAAGGCGCAGCUGGAGGACUUCUGCUGGUUUCCCAGCUACCAGCGCCAUCUCAACCCAGAGACUCUCCAGCUGACGCCGGAAGACGCUGUGGAAGCACUCAUCGCCAACUCGCACCACCCAUCGUAUGAGGGUUUCCGCGGACACCAGUGCGCAGGGGAAGACUUAUCAGUGACCGCCAACUGGCACCAACAACCGGCCCAUCGCCAUCACACCCGGCUGGAGGGCCGUCUUUCGGACGAACAGCUGGUCAGAAUGUCCGUGCGCGAGCUCAACCGGCAGUUGCGCGGCUUCCCCAAGGAGGAGGUCAUGCGCCUCAAGCAGAAGCGCAGGACCCUGAAGAACCGGGGCUACGCGCAGUCGUGCCGGUUCAAGCGCGUGCAGCAGCGGCACGUGCUGGAGAGCGAGAGGUGCACGCUUCAGGGCCAGGUGGAUCAGCUGAAGCACGAGGCCACUCGCCUGUCCAAGGAGAGGGACCUCUACAAAGAGAAGUACGAGAAGCUCGCGAGCCGUAACCACAGCGGCGGCAGCUGCAAAAGCGACCCCAGAUCCAAAAGCAGAGAGGGGAAAGCGGCCGGUUGUGUGGAAUUUUUUCUGUGA